GCUGUGCUUCGCAGUUUUAGCUUUUCAGUUUGAAUGCUAAUGUGAACCGAAGCUAACGUCGACGUCACGCCUCAGCACGUAGCCUGGACAGUCUUUAAGAGUAGAAGCUGCCUCUUACUUCUCUUUUGACCACCAAUUUCACAGGGUCGUGUUCACAGGCGGUAUUAGUCGGCAGUUUUAGCAACAACACAAAGGAGAUAGACGCCAAGUUCUCAUUUUCAACGUUGCCUUUUGCUUAAAAGUGCAGAAUGGGGAUGUGCUUACCCUGCUUUGGUGGGGCAGUCGACGACGCUAUUGACACUCCAGAUCCAGAGACGAGGAGGCGACAGUUAGCUGAGGCUGCAGAGAAAAGACAACAAGAGACAGCACACAGGGGUGUUAAAAACCCAGAAGCGGUUGAAAGGAAAAGAAAAAAGCAAGAAGAGAUUGAGAAACAGAAGAUGAGUACAUCUGUGUCUGGCAGUGGGGGCGGGUUGAAGUGGCAGGUGGGGUGAAACAGUGCAAGUGCAAAGGUCCAAAACCACAGAGGGAUCACUGCGAGAUGUUUUGAACAGCUAUCCACUUCUACAGCUAUUGAUUUCUGAGAUGGUUUGAGUUUGAGACAAAUGGCUCAACGUGCUCAAUGCUGAUCCGUUAGCUUUAAUUGGGGCAGGAACACCAAGAGCCGCAGCCCUGUUGCCAAACCAGCUGGACAAGCCCAGUGGGUCUUACUAGUUAUAAAUUCCAUUAACACAAUAAUCUGAAUAUCAAUAUUCACUACACAACAUUGUAUAUGACUUUUUUCCAAACAUGAUUUAGACUCUUUACACUGUUUAAACCCAUUUUCACAGUUUGAAAAUUCUCAUUAAUGUUUGGCGACUCAGUGCAAAUUCGAGUUGAAUAUCGUCACCUUCUUUAAGUAAUGGCCAAAAUUAUAUUUUGACAAAUAAUACUAUUUUUGCCUUAAACAUCUCAUGAUGUGGGCCACCUCUGCUAAAAUCAGCUAUUGAAACAGAUCGUUCGUUUCUAACUCCGAAAUAAAAUUAUUUGUAAAUAUAAUCAGAAUUUGGUUCAGUUUUUUGGAAAUUUUUUUAAAAAUUAUUUUUGGAAGGUGACGAUAUGCAAACAAUGCCAGACUUUCAAAUGUCGCAUCAGGAGUGUGAAUAACCUACUCCGGCUGCAUCACUGAUAAUCUAACACUACACUUGAGAAUCUUAUUUUGAGCACGCUUACACUUUGCAGCAGCCUGCCAUGAAUUUCACAUAUGGGAGGCACGUGGUUAAACUGCUGAAUUUUUUAAGAACUGCUUUGUCAUAUGUAAUCUUUUUUUCCCCCCAAGAACAGUUGUAUGUGUGUGUGCACUUGAAUUAGCAGAAAACUACAAUGUGAAUAGAAUAUUGUGAAGAAGUGAAGGAUUAAUAAUGAUGGUAUUUAACUUUGAGCUACCGGUAAGUGCAUUUUUCACUGCUUUGACUUGAUCUUUACACGCUUUCGGCAUUUGGUCGCAAAGAUAAUCAAGCCAAUGUAAUUUGCUACAAUAAAGUCAUAUUUCUGAAUUGA